CCACGUCUACUAUUUCCAGAGGAGGCGUGGCAAGUUUGCACGCAGCUCAUGAAUAUGCAACGGCUCUCGGUGGGUACAGACGCUGACGGUUCGGUGUAGUGUUGUUUUGACUCCAGCGGGGCGAUUUUGACAAGCAGAUUUCGAAAAAGCAGAGGACGCCGAGACAAGGAACGGCGAACCAAGGCAUUUCCGGUCAUUUCUCUAUCCAGAGAGACUCCCGCAUACCGUAUAACCGGCCCGAUCCGAGGUCUUUAACAAUGCCUGGGAAAGCUGCGAUCGCCGUGACACUUCAACCCAACAGACAAGCUACGCAGAAAUCCUUCCCUUUUGUUUUGAAGAAGAUCAUGGACAUCCCUCCUCCUAACAUCCUGGAGGAAGGGGACGAUGAAAUAGAGAAGGAGAAGCUGUGUUCCUCUGAGGAUGUGGAGUGUGGUGGCACAGGAACAGGCAGCCAGCCCAGCGGAGGCUCCGGGGCCACUGGUGGAGGAGGCGGCAGUGGAGUAUCGGCCUCCCUAACCCCAACAAUUUGGGAGAAGACCAUCCCGUACGACGGGGAGACCUUCCACCUGGAGUACAUGGACCUGGACGAGUUCCUCCUGGAGAAUGGGAUCCCUGUGACUCUGGAGGAGGAGGAGCUGCAGAAGACUUUGACCCCGGAGGAGGGCAAAGAGAAAAGCGUCCCCAAGGCUACUGUUAGCACUACUGACACCACCCCCUCUCCAUCUGACACCUCGACCUCUGCCGUCUCGAUGUCCUCUCCAUCCAUCGCCGCAACUGCCACCACCGCGGCGGACCUAGAGCCAGAAGAGCCGGUGACAGUCACUACCCUACAGCCAGCAAAGUUGGAGGAGGAUGAAGAGGAAGAGGAAGUCGAUGAGGAGGAGGAAGACCAGGAGUCAUUAGCUGUGGAGGUCCCUGCAGAGCCAGAAGGGAAAGAGAAAAAGUCUGAGCGUAAGACUGUUGGCCGUAACACACCGUCCCCCAUCGACCCAGAGGCCAUCGAGGUCGACAUCAAUUUCCAGCCAGACCCGACGGACCUGGUGCUGUCCAGCGUACCUGGAGGGGAGCUGUUCAACCCGCGCAAACACAAAUUCUCUGAUGAGGAGCUGAAACCGCAGCCCAUGAUCAAGAAGGCCAAGAAAGUGUUUGUUCCCGAGGAGCAGAAGGAUGACAAGUACUGGUCACGGAGGAAGAAGAACAACAUGGCGGCCAAGCGUUCCCGCGAUGCUCGGCGGCUGAAGGAGAACCAGAUCACGGUGCGCGCCUCCUUCCUGGAGCGGGAGAACGCAGCGCUGCGGCAGCAGGUGGCCGAGCUGCGCAAGGACUGCGGCUGCUGCAAAAACAUCCUGGACCGAUACGAGGCAAAGUACGGCCCUCUGUAAAAGAAACAGCCCCCCUGAAAAAAAAGUCCCCUAAAAAAACAAUUACAACAAAAAAAAAAAUCUUCUGAAGUAUCAAAGAAUCGUGAGGCAAAAGCAGAAGUCCACUCCCCCUCUGAAUACAACACAGACUACAAACACAAAGGGAAUCUGAAAUUGCACUGCUGUAAUUGCUGACCACCGGUCACUGCGUCGAGCCCCAGUCGCUGUCUCUCGCGAUGGCGCUGGAGAGGCGGAGACACACUGGCAGGCAGUGAGGCAGCUACAUUUGGGAGCAGUGGUCAGAGGAAGGCCUGUGGAGAGCGCCUGGCUCCUACACAAAUAGAGGAAGGCGGUUGUUCUGGACACUCCCACAGUCAAACAUACAGGGAACAUAUGUCUGUCUACUGGACUGUCUCUAAGACGGGUAAAAAAAUAAAAAGGGAAGUCAGGAAGUGAGAGCGGGAGCAGCACACAUACACGCCAAUGCAGUUUUUCACUGUGCAGAAAGGCGUGUCUGAACAGACCAAAGGAGGAGUAAUGUCCGGGUGUGCUGUGCUGUUUAAACCUGCCGUCCUGUUGUGCGCACUCGCUGCGGCUUUUCCUUUUCAAAAUAUUCAAGUGUAGGCUCAGAUGAGGGACGUUUUCAGACCUUGUUUAUUUUUUAUAACAGAGCGGGACAGGAACAGAGGAACGCGUGAUUAAAGGCGUGGUGAAUCCAGAGGUGGUAUUUGCGAGACCACGAGUCUGAAGAGCGGGAAUGAUGGAGCUCUUCCCCUUUAGGCAAGGGAAAAGAGGGAGAAACGGCCCUCAUGGCGUGUGAUUCAGUUCACAGUUCUUCCUUUUGUCUCGGCCUUUGCUUGUAACACGUGCACAGUUGUGCACACACACACACACAAACACACACUGUGUUGAAAAACAAAUCUUUGUAUAUACAUGUUCUGCUCCCUGCACCACAUAGAUGGGGGGUUAUCUAUGUGUUAACAAUUUUUGCACUCUAUUCUUAAAAAGUGACGUAGUGUGUGCAGAUCAGACACAUAGUCAUUCGAGACUACAACAUGUGGUGGGCUGGCACCUUAUUUGUACUACGGCCAUGUUUGGGGGGCGAGGGGGGACACAGUAGCUGAGAAAAAAAGAGGCACCAAUCACAGUCUGAAGCUCUUGUGUUUUAUUUUUCUUUUCUACUAGACUCACACAAGAUUUAUAAAACACGACUGUUUGGGGUUUUCCCUCCAGAUGACGUCUUUCUUUUUUUAAAAGGUAGCAGGACUAUUGACCUGAGUUUUUCGGGAGGUUAAUGCCCAUCGCUGAAGGUAUACGUUUGAUGGUUCCCAGGGCCCUCACAGGCGGAGGGGUAUUUUAAAUGUUGGGUUGUUUAUUUUACUGCACACUGCAAGUAGAGGGCGCCAGAGCCAACGGUACAGUCAAGAGAAACGGUGAAGACUGGAAAUGUUGCCAGACUCGAGAGAGACGUCUGCUCCUUAACAAUGUAAAUAAAUGACUAUGUCAUGGUCUUUUCUCCCCGAUUGUGAGACUGUGUCUGUAGUAACCCAAUGCUAUCCCUUAUGUUUGCCAAAAAAAAGCUACAUUAUGGUGAGUGCUGUAUUUAUUCUGAUAGUAAUAAUGCAUCUAUUGAUUGUGAUGUACGACAACAUGUCAGAUGAUUAUAUUUCCUUCGCGGAACAAUACUUCUAACAGAACCAAUGACUACGCAGGGACAUCAAUGGGUAAACUGUGCUUAUGGAUUUUUGUUUAGAAAUCAGCUUUAUGGAAGGAGCGGUAUUGGAUUUUAUUUUUCUUAAUAUCUUUACCAAGGACUUAGCAGGUUCAUAUUUACCUCAUCCGACGCUUUGUUAGAUGCUCCUUGGGAAGCCGAACCCGUUACCUGUGCUUUCACGGGAAAGAAGUCUUGGCGGGGAGGGGGCGGGGCUACACGGUGUUUAGCUGAAAACAGACAGCACGUUGGCCUGUAAGGGAGCCUCGUUCCGUUUGCUGAAACUUUUUUAAAUCCCCCAAAUCACAACAGGAGUUUCUGUUUGCCGAAACACAGCCAAGUCUGCGUCUGAAUUGGGAAAACACACGACAGACUGUUUUAAGCCACGAGACUCGGUAUGUCCAAGUGUCCUCGGCUCGUGUAGGCCUUUCUGGUUGGUCGGCUUGUGUUCAUUAUCAAUGUUGUAAUGUUGGGACAGUUUGAUACAUGUGGCAAUAAUACUCUCUUAUUCAAUGCUUGUUUUUUCUUUUUCUUUUCUUCCCCCCCAAUGAUGUUCAAUGUAAAGUCUCUAUGAUGUACCGAGUAGAGAAAUAACCCUCAAGUCAUUUGUGCUUCCAAGUUCAAAUCCCCUAUAGUUUGGGAUUCUAAUGCAUGAAACCCAGUAAAAUUGUCAUAUUUUUCAGAACAUUUUACACCAAGUGUACUUAUAUCUGUAAACUAUGGCUGAGAGUUCUCGACAUUGUACUAGACUUGUAAUUGGAUGGAUGGAUAAGCGGCCACAUCGUGCAGUUCUGUCCAGAUUUCCUAAUGACUUGUUUAUUAGUGCAUCUACCCUCGUGCAGUCAGUGGUGGGUCGACCUCGGGGCGAACAUGAUUCGUUUUGAUUGCUAUGUUGAUAAUUUUCUAUCAAGCAAAAAGUGAUCGUUGUCUUAAAUCUCGCCGGACAAGUCAGUGAUAUAGAUCAGGAAGGCUACGCGUUUGUUUCAGUUUCCUUGUGGAAACUGGUUCAGUGGAGAUUUCUGGUUCAGUAGAGAUUUCUCUGCAGGGUUGAUUCAUUCUGCAUCGACGUUCAGACUCAACGGGCCUCCCAGUGCAGUUUGUACCAUUCUAGCAGCUGAUGAAUGGGAACUCCUACAGACUUUAUUAUGAAUUAAAACUUAAAAAAAAACAUCCUGCACAAGGUUUACUUAAGGUACCGGGGUAGGAGCGAGACACAGUGGUCAUUGAUAGAACAGCAUAUGUAGCAAUCACUGUUUUUUACUCUUCAGAAAUAGAUGUAUUACUCCCGGAGGAAAAAAAAAUUAAAACAUGACAUUUUUAACAAGUUAGUUUUAUUUGUGAGGUUUUAUCUUUUUAUAGAAAAAAAAUGCAUUUUGUUGUGAUUUUUAUCGUCCUACCCAUGCAUAGGAUAUGUGCUAUGGCAGUACCAUGUCCGAACUGUAUCUUAUAUCAUGCAUAUGAAAUAAAGAGGUCUAAUGAAACAUGA